AUGUCCGACAUUAAGCCUGCCCACCAGAAGGUCAUGCUUCAGAGCAACGACAACGUCUUGCUCGAAGUCGACCGCGUUGUCGCUGAGCGCUCGAUGCUCAUCCGUAACAUGCUUGAGGAUCUCGGCGACGGUGCGCUUGAGGACAACCCCAUUCCCAUUCCCAACGUCAACGAGGCCGUUUUGCGGAAGGUCAUUGAGUGGUGUGAGCACCACCGCAACGACCCCCCCCAGACCGCCGAUGAUGAGAAUGACAGCCGCAAGAAGACAACGGAUAUUGAGGAGUGGGAUCAAAAGUUCAUGCAGGUUGACCAAGAGAUGCUCUUCGAGAUCAUUCUGGCAUCCAACUACCUCGAUAUCAAGCCACUCCUCGAUGUUGGCUGCAAAACAGUUGCCAACAUGAUCAAGGGGAAGUCUCCCGAUGAGAUCCGCAAGACUUUCAACAUCACAAACGACUUCACCCCCGAGGAGGAGGAGCAGAUCCGCCGUGAGAAUGAGUGGGCCGAGGACCGCUAA